CCCAAAUGGACGGUAUCCAUGUCACAUCUCGCGAGCCCUUGCAGUCCAGCAAGUUCGGCUUCUCGAGCGCUGGAAACUCAUCCACAGGAGGCCGCAAUGUCAAAAAUGUUCAUCGCGGUGGCGGGCCUUGUCAGUGACACAAUUCCAAGCACGGCGAUGGAGCCCAGAAAUUGGACUGCGGCAAUCGGCAGUCUCAUAGGGGGUUUUCGACUUGGCUCAGGCGGUAUAUAAUAUUGUCGACAGUUCAUCCCACAUCUUUCCUUCCCGCCACUACCCUCACCAGCUCAUCCAGUCAAGCCAUCACCUUCGUGUGUCCCCUCAGUCGUUCUCUACUUCCAACCCUUAGUCAUUCUUUAAUACAACCCACGCGUGCUUUUCAAGCCUUGCUUCAUCACCCAACUUAUACUACCACCACACAAACUUAAUCCACACAUCAAGCCAACCGCCAAAAUGCAGUUCACCAACAUCGCCCUUGCCGCCUUCUUCGGUUCGGCCUUUGCCGCCCCUGCCAAACUCGAUAUCGGUGGUGUCACCAAUAUUGCCGACGUCGCCAACAUUGACGGAGGCAUCAUUAGCUCCACCAAGCCCCGUGGUGCCACGGCCAUCCCCACCAUUCUCAGCGUCGUCGGUGGCCUCGUCACCGUUGUCGAGGCCGAGGUCUCCACCAUCGACACCACCAUCAAGGGUGCCGUCGCCGAUGAUGUCGUUCCCCUCGUCACCGGUGCUUUGUCCCACGUUGCCGUUGAGGUCGAGCAGGUCGUCUCCACCAUUGUUCCUCUCGUCGAGGGCAUUGUCUUCCCUCUGGUUGCUGCCGAGCUCAGCCAGGUCCUCUCCAUUGUCGGCGAUGUUCACACCAUUGUCGGCGACAUUGAGUCUCUGCUGACGUCCAUUGUCGAUGGUGUUACCUCUGAUGUCCUUGCCACCAUCAAGCCCGAGCUCUCCGCAGUUGUUGACAUUGUCAACCCUUUGAUCGCACCCGUUCUUAAACUCGCCGUCGGUGUUGCUAGCAGCACUAAGGACAAGUCUGUCACCGAGGUCAACAAGCUUAUUGGCGAGACCCAGGUCAUCGCCAUCGGCGUUGUGUCUCCUGUCGCUGGCACUCUCCUCAGCAAGGUGUUGUAAAUGUCUCGUCGGAUAAUCAAACGAACUAUUCUGUGUAUAUGAUUUGUUAGAAACUCAUUAAGCGGAGUUGUUGGAUGUUUGUCGGAGGGACUGGGACUAACAUUGCAUGCUUAUGAACUAUGUGCUCUCGGAUACCUCAGCAUUUGGUAAUCAAUACAUGCCGCGCAACCCCAACUUGUGAAAGCACCUUCAACAGUCCAGUGAAUGAAGCUUUUUGAGAUGAUUGCCC